AUGCCUGGCUCCAGUGGCGUCAAUGUGGAGGGUUCCUGUGAGGCCCUGUGUCGAACCCUCGUGUCUCAGAACGGCCUACAGAGAGAGACCACCGACAUCUCCCAGUCUGUGCUCUACACGUCGCUGAUGGGCCUGCUUCUGGUCGCUGACGACGAGAAAGAGCCACUUGCUUUGGGAAGUGGAAGGCUUGGCCUCAGAAACAUCGGAAACACAUGUUUCCUGAACGCUGUGGUCCAGUGUUUGUCUCACACACGUGUCCUGCGAAACUAUUGUCUCCUCAAGUCUUACAAGCAUGAGAAAUACUCCAAAGAGGAGGCCAAGCUCAUGGACGCUUUUUCUCAGGUGCUUUCAGGUCUCUGGGACGUGCCUGAAGGUGACACGGUUGUAAAUCCUCGAGAGUUUUAUAGUAUUUUCAAAGAAGCAGUGCCUUACUUCAACAGUUACAGUCAACAGGACGCUCAGGAGUUCCUCAGGUUUCUGCUGGACAAGCUCCACACUGAAAUAAACCGCAGACCAAAUGUUAGGAGAAUGGUGAAGGAGCCCGAGCAAAAAUAUGGCCGAUUUAGAAUUUCGGAGGAGGCAGCAGCCGUGUGGAAGAAGCACUUGGAGAGAGAUGACAGUGUGAUCGUAGAGCUGUUCUCUGGCCAGCUGCGGAGCUCGCUUCACUGCUCGGUUUGCUCGCACUACUCCACCACGUUCGAUGUGUUCUGUGACCUGUCGCUGCCUAUCCCCAAAAGGAGCUCUGGGGGGAAGGUCACUCUGCGGGAGUGCCUGGACCUCUUCUCUCAGGAGGAAAAACUCGAUAAAGAAAACUCACCCAUGUGUGAGAGGUGUAGCAGGCGGACGGAGUGCACCAAGAGGCUGUCCAUCCACAGGUUUCCUCAGGUCAUAGUGAUCCACCUCAAUCGUUUUACAACAUCCCGGUGGUCGAUCAGUAAAAGCACAGUGUAUGUGUCUUUCCCCCUCACAAACCUGGACCUUGGACGCUACGGACCCAUCGACUGUGGUUCUGUUCUGUAUGACUUGUAUGCAAUAUGUAACCAUGCUGGGACCGUAAACAUGGGCCAUUACACAGCCUGCUGUUUAGACGACAAUGGUUGGUGCUUCUACAAUGACUCCAGUGUGACCCUGCUCACAGAGAACCAGCUUCAGACCAAUCAAGCUUAUGUGCUGUUCUACCAGCGCAGCAACAGCACCGCCGUCAGCAGGAAAUAG